GAGUAAUUCACCACAAUCUUUGCUCACACAUUUCCACAAAUACAAAGCUUAACACACCCAAGAAUUCCCCCACACAUACAAAAGAUAAUAACAGAAAAACUACUAAUAAUAAUACUUCCCCGUUUAGCUUCAAUCCGGGGAUACUCUGCAACCUUGCACCAUUGCAUGCCCUUGCAUUUAACUCUUCUCAACAGCAAAGCCCCUUUUUCCCCUUUUUCUUACUCACUUCUGUCUUCUUCUUCUUCAUCUCCCCUGACCCUCCAUUUUUUUUUUUUUUUUUUCUUUUUGGGCAUAUUUUAUCUUCACUUUUUUUCCUUUUAAAGACACCGAGACAGAUUCUUCAUUUUUCCCCAUCAAAUAAUACAUGCAAGAUUUCUGAUAUUGCUUUAUUUUGGACUUGAAAUUUCUAAAGUUUAGUAAAGUUUGUUUUGGCCAAAAAAUGAAAGUGACCCAGAAAGAUUCGGUCAUGUGGGAUCAGGUUCAGAUGAGGAGCUCUUCCGGAAACACCCUCGUUCCUGGCUCCGCUACCCGACCCGUUCCCAAGCACAUGAUCUGGUUACUCCUCUUCAUCUCCCUCACCUACGUCGUCUACACCCUCAAGCUCCUCACCGCCUCCUCCUCCGAUGCCUCCUGUGAUGGUUCCCUAUUCGCCUCAUCCACUGUUAAUAAUAAGCGACACAUUUCGCUUCCUUUAAUCUCCGACACAGCCUUCCUCCCUUCGUCGAUUCAGAAUCAGACGGUCGGUGUACCUCAUCGAGAUGUUCAGGGGGAAGCCAGUGGGAACCGGACGGAGAUCCAGCACAUCGUUUUUGGUAUCGCGGCUUCCUCCAAGCUCUGGCAGCAGAGGAAAGAGUACAUCAAGAUUUGGUACCGCCCAAAACAAAUGCGGGGCGUGGUGUGGCUCGACAACCGAGUGAAGUACACCGCCGAGGACCGGCAGACGUUGCCACCGGUGAGAAUCUCGAAGGACACCUCGAAAUUCCCGUACACUAACAGGAAGGGGCACCGUUCUGCGAUUCGGAUCUCGCGGAUCGUGUCGGAGACGCUGCAUUUGAAGCAGGAGAACGUGAGGUGGUUCGUGAUGGGGGACGAUGACACUGUUUUCAUAACGGAGAAUCUGGUGAGGAUCUUGAAUAAGUACGAUCACAACCAGUUCUAUUACAUCGGGAGCCUGUCGGAGUCCCACUUGCAGAACAUAUAUUUCUCGUAUGGCAUGGCGUAUGGCGGCGGUGGAUUUGCUAUCAGCUACCCUUUGGCGGAGGCACUCUCAAAGAUGCAGGACCGGUGUAUUCAGAGGUACCCUGGAUUGUACGGCUCCGAUGACAGAAUGCAGGCUUGUAUGGCCGAACUCGGUGUGCCACUCACUAAGGAACUCGGAUUCCACCAGUAUGAUGUGUAUGGGAAUCUGUUUGGACUUCUUGCUGCACAUCCCGUGACGCCUUUAGUGUCGCUGCAUCAUCUUGAUGUUGUUGAGCCGAUUUUCCCCAACGUGACCAGGGUUCAAGCUCUUCAGCGGCUAAUGUUGCCUGCAAAUUUGGAUUCAGCGGGACUGCUGCAACAAUCCAUCUGUUAUGACAGUGCCAAGAGCUGGACCAUUUCAGUCUCUUGGGGGUUUGCUGUUCAAGUUCUCAGGGGGGUUUUUUCGCCCCGUGAGAUGGAGAUGCCUUCUAGAACCUUCUUGAAUUGGUAUAGAAAAGCAGACUACACGGCGUAUGCAUUCAACACUCGUCCAGUUAGCAGAAACCCAUGCCAGAAGCCUUUUGUGUUUUACAUGUCCAAUGUCAAAAUGGACUACACAUCGAAUCAAACAGUUAGCGAAUAUGCCCGCCACAAAGUCCCUCACCCUCACUGCAAGUGGAAGAUGGCUGAUCCUGCUGGUCUCGACAAGGUGAUUGUCUACAAGAAACCUGACCCCCAUCUAUGGGAUAGAUCUCCGAGAAGAAAUUGUUGCAGGGUAUUGGAAUCAAAUAAGAAAGGAACAAUGGUGGUGCAUGUGGGUGUGUGUAAGGAAAGAUGAGCUUAGUGGAGUACGGUGAUUAAAAAAAAAAUUCCUCAAAAAGGUUACUCAAUUUCCCAGUUCUCAAUUUACUUCUCAAAGUGUGUCCAAUUUUGAAUUCUAGUCAACAGCAGAUCUCCAUCGUUAGGGAGAACAAAAAACAUGUCAAAUGUAC